ACAAAUUCUUUAGUCUUUUUCUAUCUUUUCGUUUGCUUCUUCUCCUAUCAAUGUCUACUAGUCAACAAUGGUGAACUAAUUUCCCCCAAAUCAAACCUUUUCAAACCCUUCUAAAAACGUUUGAGUUUCCCAUUUGUUUUUCUUAUCCAAUUAAGCGAUUUCUGCUGUAGAAAAACAAAAUGGAACGUUGGUGUGAAGAAACAGAGAAAAACCCAAUUGAAUUAAGAGCAGUUGAAGCUUUAGGUUUUGGGUUUGAUUUAACUUCCGAUUUUAGGUUAAAAUUCGCUAAAAAAGAGAGAUUAAUUGUUUUUGAUGAAACCCAUAAACGAGAUGUUUUUAUUCCCGGUAUUAAUGUUUCGAUUCCUGGAGUUUCUGUUGAUAUUCGUUGUGAUAAAGGCGAACAAUUGAGGUUUAAAUCCGAUGUUCUUCAAUUCAAUCAGAUGUCAGAGCUGCUCAAUCAGAAAUCUGGGGUACAAGGAAAAGUUCCUUCCGGAUACUUCAACGCUAUCUUUAAUUUUAGUGGAGCCUGGUUAAAUGAUGCUACCGAAUGCAAACAUCUUGCGUUUGAUGGUUACUUCGUUGCUUUAUACCACUUGCAUUUGAUGACAUCUUCCAUUGUUCUUCAUGAGAAAGUAAAGAAGUCCGUUCCUUCACAUUGGGAUCCCACAUCAUUAUCAAGGUUUAUUCAGAAGUAUGGGACACACAUAAUUGUGGGCUUGGCUGUUGGAGGUCAAGAUUUGAUAUGUGUCAGGCAGACACCUUCAUCAGAAAUCCCUCCGGCUGAACUUCGAGCACAUUUGGAGGAUCUUGGAGAUGCAUUGUUUUCAGAUGGAAAAAAUUCACUUCUACGACGAAAAGCAUUGGACGGGAAACAAAACGCUCCUGAGGUAUUUAGUCGAAUCCUGCAGUCGAAUAUUAUACAGCUGACGAGUGUUUUAGAGACAUCAAAUAAGGAUGGUCUAUCUGUUAUACGAUCUCGUAGAGGGGGAGAUGUGUAUAUGCAUAAUCAUUCUCAAUGGCUCCAGACAGUACCUAGCCACCCUGAUGCAAUUCUUUUCAAGUUCGUUCCUAUUACUUCCCUCCUUACUGGAAUUGCAGGCAGCGGUUAUCUAAGCCAUGCAAUUAAUUUGUACUUAAGAUACAAACCUACUCCUGAAUAUUUGCAAUACUUUUUGGAAUUUCAAGUUCCUAGACAAUGGGCACCAAUGUACAACGAGCUUCCUCUGCAGCAUCAACGAAUAAUAACUUCCUCUUCUCCUCUUCAAUUCAGUUUAAUGGGUCCGAAGAUUCAUGUAAAUUCCACAAAGGUAACGAGUAGCUUGAAACCAAUAGUAGGUCUACGCUUAUACUUGGAAGGGAGGAACUGCAAUCAACUUGCCAUUCACGCUCAACAUCUUACAACGUCACCUAAUUCAAUGAUUUUUUCUUCACCUCAUGAUCAAUGUCAAUGGCGCGGUUCUGACAAUCUUGAUCCCGAGGGCCAGUACUUAGAACCCCUUAGAUGGAAGAGGUUUUCAAAAGUAUGCACAUCUAUAGUAAAGCACGACCCGAGCUGGCUGCAGGGCAAGACAACCGGUGUUUACAUCGUUACGGGUGCACAACUCCUUACUAAAGGGCGGUGGCCAAAGACAGUACUCCACCUUCGGCUACUCUACAGCCACCUACCAAACUGCACCAUCAGAAAAACUGAAUGGGCUGCCGCACCACAAUCAUCUCACAAGACGAGCAUCCUUGUGACACUAAGCACGACUUUCACGUUCACGCAGAAACAAAACAGCCCACCUAAAAAGCUACCGGCUGCCUUGAACUCUGGUGUUUAUCCUAAUGGGCCACCGGUCCCAGUAAACUCCGAGAAGCUUCUUAAAUACGUCGACAUUUCCGAGGUGCUGCGGGGUCCACACGAUGCUCCAGGACACUGGCUGGUCACAGCCGCGAAACUUGUAACCGACGGAGGUAAAAUAGGUUUGCAUGUAAAGUUUGCAUUAAUAGAUUAUACAAACGAUAUGUAGAUUUUUGCUGUACAUAUAAUUCUAUGUCAUAUUAUCAGUGGAAUUGGAUGUAUCCAAUUGUUUUGUAUGUUGAGGUUCAUAAAACUGAUUGCGUGAGGGAAAUAUACCAAAGUUUGUACAUAAAAAGUUACUAGAAUUCUUAUUUUUUUGUUACUUAAAACCGUCCUUGUUAUUG